CAAACUACAGCACCUUUUCCGUCAAGGUUCAAGACUGUAGUUCUAGUUCAAAGAGCAACUCAAAAUAGCUGGUCUGAGGGCAGUUAUCAGGAACUGGAAAAGCAUUAAUAUUUCCGAUGAUUACCGCAGUUAUUACUGGCUUGAUUGUGAUGAGGAAGAGGAGGGUGGCAAUGGAGGUAUUUACUCCAAAGCUAAUGAAGUUGUGGAAGGAUUGGGAGCUUCGAGCAAUGGUUGUAACUAGCCUUCUGGUCCAAAUAAUUCUCAUUGUGUUAGGCGGUCGUAGAAAGUACAUUCCCAAGAUAAGGAUUAGAGCCAUUGUUUGGUGUUCCUACUUGUUGGCUGACUCUGUAGCAACUAUUGCCCUUGGCAUACUAACAAAUAACCUGGGAGAUAUAUAUGAUGAGGGAGGUGUUGUUGACUUAAAUACAAAGCUGACAGCAUUUUGGGCACCUUUCUUACUGCUGCACUUGGGUGGCCCUGAUACAAUCACAGCAUAUGCCUUGGAAGACAAUCAGUUGUGGUUAAGGCACUUCUUCGGACUAAUAGUGCAGACAGUUGUGACAAUAUACAUCUUCCUGAUGGCCUGGUCGGGUAGCCGUCUUUCAUUGCUAAGCAUUCCAAUGAUUGUGGUUGGAUCAAUUAAGUAUGGAGAGAGGACAUGGACUCUUUGGAAAGCAAGCAAUGACGAACUUCGAGACUCGAUGCUCACUUCUCCGGAUCCCGGUCCUAAUUAUUCCAAGUUGAUGGACGAAUACAGGCUGAAACAAGCUGAAGGUUUUUUUGUGGAAAUAGAAGAGGUGAAGGAUGUUCAGGAAGAAUUGGAUGUAACUGCCCAGGCGGGAACCACUCCUGAUGGGCGGAAUAUAAUUAAAGCCAAUGCCUUGUUUCAAACAUUCAAGUGUCUGUUUGCAGAUCUCAUUCUAAGCUUUAAAGAUAGGGAGAAGAGCCAAUCUUUGUUUGAGCAAAUGUCUGAUAAAGAUGCCUUUGAUGUGGUCGCCAUCGAACUAGGAUUCAUGUAUGACAUGUUAUACACCAAAGCAACAGUAGUUUAUACUCGUUGGGGUUUUGCUCGCCGUAUCACUACUUUUUGUCUCACUUGCCUGGUGUUGGUGAUUCUCUCUCUUGAGGAUUUGAAGGAGUAUAAAAAGGUUGACAUAUUCAUAACUUUUCUUCUCCUUGUUGUUGCUAUUGUUCUGGAGAUAUAUGCAGCACUAGUACUACUUUUCUCCGACCAGACCUAUCAUUGGUUGAUUAAGCAUAGCAAAACCACGGUUCUGAAACUCAUCAAUUCUUUAGCACCAUCUUUUACACUAAAAAGGUGGUCUAGUCGCAUGGCACAGUUUAGUCUACUUAGCAUCUGCCUCAAGGAAAAGCCUUAUCUUAAACUACUGGAAAAGGUAGUGGAAAGAUACCCACCUGAAACUUACGUAGAAGUCGAUGAUCAUCUCAAAAAGCUGAUUUUCAAGCAUGUCAAAGAGAAAUUUGAUCAGUUUAAGGAGAAACAAGGUGAUGCUAAUUUUAGAGACUUGUGCAGUCAAAGAGGAAACAACAUACUUGAUAGGUAUAAGCGGCAAACUGGCCUUAGCCUCGAGUGGAGUAUUAAUGUUGAAUUCGACCAGAGUAUCCUUGUUUGGCACAUUGCCACAGAGCUCUGCUACUACUCAGAGACGCCUGUGAGUACCAUUUCAAGCGAUGUUCAAUCAUCCCGAGAUGUGAGCCAGUGCAUCUCAAAAUAUAUGUUCUGUCUACUAGUCAUCUAUCCUUUCUUGUUGCCCAUUGGGAUUGGACUUAUCAGGUUCCGAGACACUCAGGCUGACACCAAGAGGUUUUUCAAAGAGAGAUUAACCUCUCCUAGAAAUGAGAAAAAGAAUAGGACUAAAUGUAGGAAUAUGUUGCGUCAAGUUAGUGAGUUAGAAGAACAAAAUGACAAAACGAAUAGAGCUACAUGUUGCAAUUCAUUGCUUAGAGCCAUGAAGUUAGAACGAAUGACCUAUUCCAAUGAAGAACCAACGAUGUACCAAAUGAUUACAGCCUGCAACAUGUUGCUUGCAGAAAACAUAGAUGUUCUGCCGGGGAAAUUGAAAGGGGAUAGCAGCAAGUCCGUGUUGUUCGAUGCGUGCAGGCUGGCAUCAGCAUUGAAUGGUGUAAUAGACAAAAAGGUUAGAUGGGAUAUGAUCAGAGAUGUUUGGCUGGAGAUGCUAGCUUAUGCUGCUAGUCACAGCAGAGGGAGUCAGCACUGUCAACAGCUGAGACGAGGUGGUGAGCUUCUAACUCACGUUUGGCUUCUAAUGGCCCAUUUUGGCAUGAGCGAGCAGUUCCAAAUAUCCAAAGGUUAUGCAAGAGCUUUGCUGACAGCAAAAUAA